ACACUCACUCUAUACUGAUAUAUUUUACAGUACCAGACACUCACUCUAGAAGAGAAGAGAGUACAGAUAUGAUGAAGGAAGUUCUCAGUCUUCUCAACAACAGUAAUCCAGAACACCAGGGAUCAGAGAUUAUCCUGACAACAAUCAUACAGUGGUUACAGGAGUCUCCAAAAACUAUCCUACUGUCUCCAUGUAUACAUGCUGCCUCUAGAAACCUUGCCUCAUUAACAUACAUGGUCCAGAUUGUUGAAAAAUGUAUACACUUGUCAUUUGUGAAUGAUGGUCAUAUCCAUCAGUCAGGUGAUGCUUGGAACAGUGUGUUGGCUGCUGUACAGAUACCAGAGUUAAAUGUUACAGAAUUUUUCCAGACAUGCCUACAGGAAUCUUCCUACCUUCUCUUGUACUGUUAUGUUAUACAGAAGAUACCCCUGUGUCAGUCCCUGACAGAGGAACAAGGGGUGAUUGAACUGAUACUUGACUGGAUAGAACGUGCUAAACCAUGCGUUGAUAACGAGAGUAAGUUGUUGCUAUGGUGGCAUAAAGCUCUAGAGCUUAUAUUACGCCAGAUAGAUUAUGGGCGGGAUCCUGCUACCUGCGUUACCCUUCUUCAGAAACUUAUCCACAAGAUUCAAGGUUUUGGUGAAGACAGGGCAUCUGUGGGCCUGUUAGGGGCUAUUGGUUUAGGAAAGAAAUCUAUAUUGUCAGAAAAGUUCCGUGUUUGCAGCAGGGCAGUUGUGGCCUUCUGUAGCAGUCAAAUUGUCAGUGAGAAUAAACUCCGCCUCCUUCCUACAGACUCCGCCUCAGCACUUCCAACAGCAAAGCAGGAUAUGACUUACCUACUGUCAAUCAAAACCAACAAAAAAUACCAACCAAUCAAAAUGGAGGUGGACAUGAUAUGUGAUUUUGUAAAUAAUCUUACAAAAUGUUUGAGGGAUGUUCUAGAUCUUUUGAAGCUGUUAAAGGGAAGAUUUUAUGCUGACAAAGAAUACUUAUCUGUGAUAUCAGAACAGUAAUAUAUGUAUUUGAUGAACAUGAAAUAUUGUAAAUAUUGUUUUAAAAAAAAUGUUGUGUUUACAACAUAGACAUUAAUGAAAAAUUAAACAUGAAUAACCAUCUCCCUAAGCAAGAAGUUUACCCAUGACUUGUAAAAACCCAUAAACUUUUGCUAACAUUAUUUUUGUUGUGUUGUGUUUUGCUUUUUUUUCAAAAAGACUGAGAAGACAAACAGUAUAACUGUAUUCUUAAAUUUGUGGAAAAAAAUAUGAGAAAAAAUGCUUUCAUUAUUAUAUAAAUUUGUACUUAGCUAUAUUACGUGCAUGUAUAGACAAAUGUAUAUGAUUUCAGGCAAAUUUGUAAGGCGGAGAGAAGUUUUUUUUUAAUUACCAUUAACAUGGCAACCUUCUUAAAUGGAAUUGUGUAGUUGCCCUUUUAGAACUUUCCAUUAUCAUUUUGGCAAUACUAUAUGGAAAAAUUGUUGUUUGUCUGUCAACAGUAUAGAGCCUGGUCAGACUACAACCGCUGACCUGGCGUAAUCCUAGUGGUCAAGGUUGAUUACUUUUGGUUCCCUGCAGGGAAAGGAUUAAACCUUUGUUACUUGAAGGAUCAAAGUUGUGUAAAGUAAGGAUAGUAUAUUGACUGUAAACAUUAGUAGGAUGAUUUAUCAGUGUUGUCAAGAUGCUUGUUACUAUGAUAUAGUUUAUCUAUUGUAGUUACAGUUAGUUAACAGUAACUUGAUUAUCUGCAGUUGAAACAGAAACCAUGUAUGUUAGUUAACUGUAACAUGUUUCAUCUAAUUAUCUGCAGUUAAAACAAAAACUCUAUGUUAAAAUUCAAGGACAUAACUGCUUAUUCUCCAUUUCAACCUUUGGCUGUGAUAUGAACGUUGUUGUUGUUGUUGUGAAUAAAAAAAAAUGUGAACAAGAUAAUUAUUAUCUGUAAAGCAUGUUUGUGAUAACCAUUUAUGUAUUGUAAAUAGUAAAUAUGGUGGACUUAAGGUGAAAUUUAUUUUUGUUCGCUUGAAAACCUUUAGUACAUAUUAAUUAUAUUUUGACUAUUUUUGGUUAAUUUUGAAAUUUUGGGGAAUUAUUUCUUUUAACUUGUUGUUUGAAUUAGUUUUUGUUACAUGAUUAUCAUUUGUUCAUUAUAUACAAUAUGUAGUUUGUGAGUUUCAAGUAUUUCAACAAAAGUUUCCUGUCAAAUGUUGGCUCCUUUAUUAAAAAUUUCAACAUGUUUGUAUGUUGACGUGUUUGUAUGUUAACAUGUUUGUAUGGUGACAUUUCAAUAGUGAAUAGUUUGUCAUAAUUAUGUCUAUAAGAGAGCCUAAAAGUGAGCCUACAUCAAACUGGUAUUUGUUUAUGUGGCCAAUAAUAUGAUGUUUGAUGUACAUGUAGUUAAAUUAGAUUAUAAAUGUAGAAAACUAUACAUGUACAGUAAGUUGCCAGAAGAGAAAGUUGAGAUUAAUUAAUGUGCUGUAUGUUGUGAUAUAAUACUCAGAUAAUACAUGUAUACUGUUCAUGUAAAUACAUGUAUAUAGUUUAAUUUUAUCAUGUGUAAUAUAUUAUGUUUUGCAUGUGAGAGAUUAAUCAACUUUAAAAAAAAUUCAGAUUACUUGUGUAUUAGUUUCACUUAAUUUUAAGAUUAUGUAGUUUUGUUAAAUGGACUAGAACACUAUUAACUGGUUAUAUUCUACUAUAUUGUAUUAACAUAACCUAUGUAACUGGAAAGUCAUAGUAUGGUGCUAUUUUUAUGUUUGCAAGUCAAAGAAACUAUUGAAUGAGUUUAGAGUUUAAUAUUGAAAUUAAGAGGUCAAUAGUUAGUAAUGAAGCUAUAUGAAUAUAAUAUUUGAUUUAUCUCAUAGCCAAAAUUAGAACAGUGAAAAGUCAAGAAGAAGAAUUUUUCAUGAUGCUCUUAUCUAUAACAGUGAUCAUGCGAUUCUUGUACUACACAUACAACAUCAAACUUAAUGCAUGGCUGUGACAUAUCUUCUUUACUGGGUCGGGUAUCUGAAAAUCUUUUUGGACAUAAUAAAUAAUGUAUUUAUUUGUAAAUAAUGAAAUAUUAUUUCUGUUCAUCUGUUGUUAUUGUACAGUUUUUUUGACAAGUCAAAAGAGAAAUGGCUGUGAUUGGUCAAUUUUUGUUAUUGUAAGAAAUGUGAUUCUAGACUGGUUUUCUUUCUGAAUUAUUCAAAAGCUAAAGAUGUGGUCUCGAUUCAACCAUUAUAUCAAAUUGACAAAUUACUUCAUGUGAUCUUAGAUAAAUUUCUUCCAGUUUAAGGUUUUUGUUUAAUGUUGACUUUAGUUUCAUAGAUUGUCUGGAAAAAAAACAUGUAAAAAGCUCAGUUUUUCUUAACAUUUUACUGUGUGCAAUAAAUUCGUUGUUAGUUAUUCACAUUAAUCUAUAUGGUAUUUGUACUUUGCUUUUUAAUAAAUCUUAAGUAAUUUGAAA